AUGAGGCGUAUAAAUGCUUGUGUAUGUAUGGCCGUUGAAGAGAUUUUACAAGAACAAAUGAUGCAGUUAAUCAUUGUGCUCGAUAGUAUUGAAAAGGAUAAGACACGAAAACGAAAACGACGAGUGUUAGUUGAGCCAUAUGGAAUGAUUCAUAGAAUCCCCGAUCAAGUGAAGCGCUUGAAUAGGUUGAUAGGUUUAAGUGAGACAGAUUGUGUUAUAAACCUAAGGAUGGACCGGAAUACGUUCGGUCAUCUAUGUCAAUUGUUGAGAGAUCUUGGGGGUCUUAGGAAUGGUAGGUUUGUGACUGUAGAGGAGCAAGUCGCGAUGUUUCUCUCUGUUUUAGCUCAUCACAAGAAAAAUAGGGUAGUUAAAUUCGAUUUCUGGAGAAGUGGUCAGACAAUUUCGCACUAUGUACAUGUGGUUUUGAGGGCCAUUCUUAGUCUGCAUGUAAUUCUAUUGGUUAAACCCACAGCUGUUCCAGAUGACUCAACUGACCCCCGUUGGCGUUGGUUUAAGGGGUGCCUAGGUGCAUUAGAUGGCACGUACAUCAAUGUGAUGGUGCCAAAUAGUGAUAAACCACGAUAUAGAACGAGGAAGGGUCAGAUUUCAACAAACACCCUAGCUGUGUGUGACCGAGACCUAAGGUUUGCUUAUGUAUUACCUGGGUGGGAGGGAUCGGCCGCAGAUUCUAGAAUACUGCGUGAUGCACUUAACAGGAACUGA